ACAUCGAGGCUCCUUACUCGCUCGUUGCCUGUCUGUCGCAUUUCCUCAAUAGCCAGCCGAGGGUCUCUCAGGGUCGAAGGUUCUGCCCUGCUUGCCACGACCUCCACCUCUCAAGAGGUGAAUUCUCCGCGUUACCUAUGGGACCGCGUUUUUGAAAACAGAUCGGUUUAACCCGGAGCAGUUAUCGGCCGAAGGAAAGGAACUCGCCACCCGUUUGGCAAGAAAAUCGUUGGGGAAAAAAUAACGAGGAAGGCACAAAGCGAUUAUCCAGAGGGCCGGUGGGUCUGAGUUGGUGAGCUGAGCGGGGCCAUUCUGAAUGAUGCCUGCUUCCUAGGAUGGUCCUGGAUCCUGGUAAACUAACUGUCCAUGUCCCUAGCAGUGGAGCCAUGGCUCACAGAACCCCCCCCUCUCAGGGCAAGGUGACCAUCACUGUGGACGAGUACAGCUCCAACCCCACACAGGCCUUUACCCACUACAACAUCAACGAGAGCCGCUUCCAACCACCCCAUGUCCACAUGGUGGAGCCCAUUCCCUAUGACACCCCUAAGCCCUCCGGUCAUACACGUUUCGUCUGCGUGUCGGACACACACUCCAGGACCGAUGGGAUCCAGAUGCCAUAUGGGGACAUCCUGCUCCAUACUGGAGACUUCACUGAACUGGGCCUACCCUCUGAGGUCAAGAAGUUCAACGAUUGGCUAGGGAGUCUACCGUAUGAAUUCAAGGUGGUGAUUGCAGGGAACCAUGAACUGACGUUUGAUAAGGACUUCAUGGCUGAGCUGGUCAAGCAGGAUUACUAUCGCUUUCCCUCCGUCUCCAAGCUGAGACCAGAGGACUUUGACGAUGUUCAGGCCCUCCUCUCAAACUGUACUUACCUGCAGGACUCUGAGGUUACAGUCAAGGGUUUCCGAAUAUUCGGGGCACCAUGGACGCCAUGGUUUAAUGGCUGGGGUUUUAACCUUCCCCGCGGUCAGUCACUACUGGACAAGUGGAAUCAGGUUCCAGAGGGUAUAGACGUUCUCAUGACCCAUGGACCUCCCCUCGGUUUCCGUGACUGGGUCCCCAAGGAGCUCCAGAGAGUGGGCUGUGUGGAGCUGCUGAACACGGUACAGCAGAGGGUCCGACCCAAGCUCCACGCCUUCGGUGGCAUCCACGAGGGGUACGGCAUUAUGACGGAUGGAUGCACAACUUUUAUCAACUCCUCCACCUGUACAGCCAGUUUCCAGCCCACCAACCCCCCCAUCAUAUUCGACCUGCCCAACCCAUAGAGCAUCGUAAAUGAACCAGCAUUUUUUUAAUCAAAUGAGUUGUACUAAAUGUUAAUCUUCAAGAUAUUUGGCUUUUGUAAAAAUGCUUGUAAAAAUGCAUGAAAAUCUGAUUCUAGUAAUGAAAUGAUGAACUUCGUAAAAUAUUUCAUAUUUUCCAAUUGUUUGCAUUUGCAGCAAUAACGGGUUUUCUGUGCCAUUUGUCAUUCUUUGUUUUCUCUCUCAAGACGUACAGUUGAAGUUGGAAUUUUACAUACACUUAGGUUGGAGUCAUUAAAACUCGUUUUUAAACCACUCCACAAAUUUCUUCUUAAACUAUAGUUUUGGCAAGUCGGUGAGGACAUCUACUUUGUUCAUGAUACAAGUAAUUUUUCCAACAAUUGUUUACAGACAGAUUACUUCACUUAUAAUUCACUAUCACAAUUCCAGUGGGUCAGAAGUUUACAUACACUAAGUUGACUGUGCCUUUAAACAGCUUGGAAAAUUCCAGAAGAUUAUGUCAUUGCUUUAGAAGCUUCUGAUAGGCUAAUUGACAUAAUUUGAGUCAAUUGGAGGUGUACCUGUGGUUUGUAUUUCAAGGCCUACCUUCAACCUCAGUGCCUCUUUACUUGACAUCAUGGGAAAAUCAAAAGAAAUCAGCCAAGACCUCAGAAAAAACAUUGUAGGCCUCCACAAGUCUGGUUCAUCCUAGGGAGCAAUUUCCAAAUGUCUGAAGGUACCAUGUUCAUCUGUACAAACAAUAGUAUGCAAGUAUAAACACCAUGGGACCACGCAGCCAUCAUACUGCUCAGGAAGGAGAUGCGUUCUGUCUCCUAGAGAUGAAUGUACUUUGGUGCGAAAAGUGCAAAUCAACCCCAGAACAACAUCAAAGGACCCUGAUACUGGAGGAAAGUAAAACCUGAAAGGCCGCUCAGCAAGGAGGAAGCCACUGCUCCAAAACCGCCAUAAAGCCAGACUACGGUUUGCAACUGCACAUGGGGACAAAGAUCGUACUUUUUGGAGAAAUGUCUUCUGGUCUGAUGAAACAAAAAUAGAACUGUUUGGCCAUAAUGACUAUCGUUAUGUUUACACUUCGGCUUGCAAGCCGAAGAACACCAUCCCAACCGUGAAGCAUGGAGAUGGCACCAUCAUGUUGUAGGGGUGCUUUGCUGCAGAAGGGACUGGUGCACUUCACAAAAUAGAUGGUAUCAUGAGGGAGGAAAAUUAUGUGGAUAUAUUGAGGCAACAUCUCAAGACAUCAGUCAGGAAGUUAAAGCUUGGUUGCAAAUGGGUCUUCCAAAUAGACAAUGACCCCAAGCAUACUUCCACAGUUGUGGCAAAAUGGCUUAAGGAUAACAAAGUCAAGGUUUUGGAGUGGCCAUCACAAAGCCCUGACCUCAAUCCUAUAGAAAAUGUGUGGGCAGAACUGAAAAAGCAUGCGCGAUCAAGGAGGUCCACAAACCUGACUCGAGUUACACCAGCUCUGUCAGGAGGAAUGGGCCACAAUUCACCCAACUUAUUGUGGGAAGCUUGUGGAAGGCAACCUGAAACGUUUGACCCAAGUUAAGCAAUGCUACCAAAUACUAAUUGAGUGUAUGUAAACUUCUGACCCACUAGGAAUGUGAUGAAAGAAAUAAAAGCUGAAAUAAAUAAUUCUCUCUACUAUUAUUCUGACAUUUCACAUUCUUAAAAUUCUUAAGACUGGGAAUUGUUACUAGGAUUAAAUGUCAGGAAUUGUGAAAAACCGAGUUUAAAUGUAUUUGGAUAAGUUGUACGUAAACUUCUGACUUCAACUGUAUACGCUUUUUGUCUGACAGGCAAAUACACUGCUUGACAGUAAUCGUACCCUCUACAUCAGCAAUACUUGACCUCAUGAUGAUAAUAGAACAUGCAUUUGGCAUUGUAACAUAAGUUAUUUUGUCUCUCUUAAAGCCCUGUGUAUUGUUGAAAAUGAAACAUUUUGAGUAUAUGAAAUGUAUCCAAUUAUUAUAUACUGUAGUCCCUUGGGCUCUCACAUUUGUUUUGGAAAGGUAUGUACCGGUUAUCUACUUUGAUCUGGGGCACAUUCAACAGGAUGCAACAUGUUAUGUAUAUUCUCAAAUGUCCCCAUCUUCCAUGGAGUACAUGUGAUUUGGUGUUUGUGUGAAUUUAUAUAGGCCCACUAAAGCCUUUCAAAAAUGUAUGUUAUAUGCUAUUCAAAGCACACAUGCAUUUUCAUCUCACUUUUAUAUUUUUAUCGAUAUUCAGCAAACAGCUGUUUUUAAAUUAUAUUUCACAACUGUCUAAGCAGAAGUGAGUUGUUCCCUAAAAUACAGUAAUAAGAAUUUUGCUAAUUAUUUUUGUUUUGUUGCACAGUGUGAAAAUGCGAUCUUGCUAGCACAAAAAAAAAGUUGCCAACGGUAGUCUUCUGUCAUUGUAAAUGCCUGUUUAGUUUCCUGGUUUAUGAAACUUUUGUUUAACUUGUAAUACGUUUAGUUGCCUUUAUAUGCAAAUAAAAUUGCCAUAUUUGUACCUGUUGAA